AUGUCCGCCCUGCCCAACGUCCACGUGUCGCACCAUCCGAGCCUGCAGGCCAAGCUGUCCCAGCUGCGGUCCCAGUCCGCAGACUCAAAGGCCGUCAAGAGCCUGGUGAAUGACAUUUCGCUCAUCCUUGCCACCGAGGCGCUGGCUUCCAACCUGACGGCCGUGGAUGGAUCCAAGGACAAGACGCCGCUCGGGUUCGAGUUCACCAGCACGACCGUGACGCCUCAAACCAUGUGCAUUGUGCCCGUGCUCCGAUCUGGCCUGGGCAUGGUCGAAGCCGUGCAGACGAUCCUGCCAGUUUCCGUGCCCGUCCACCACCUGGGCAUGUACCGCGAGCCGUCCACGCUCGACCCGGUGGAAUACUACAACAACCUGCCGCACCGUGUUUCCGGCUCGUCCGCCCCCGACGGCGGCGGCGCCAGCGGCCUCGCCAUCCUGCUCGACCCGGUGAUUGCCACGGGCGGCACGUGCGCCGCGGCGAUUGAGACUCUCCGCGAAUGGGGGGCCAAGAAGGUGCUCGUCUUGUCGGUGGUGGGCGCCGAGGAGGGGGUCAAGAAGGCGGCUGGGGAGUGGCCCGAGGGCACGGAGCUGUGGAUUGCGGGUAUCGACAGGGAGCUGACCAGGGAGGGGAUGCUGCGGCCGGGGCUGGGCGAUAUUGGCGACCGCUUGUUUCUGACGAUUGGGAAAUGA